UUAAAGCGUUUGUGUGAUUUUAAAUUCAUUUGAAUUAAAUACAUCUUUUAAAGGGUAAAAUUUAAGCAGUUUUGAGGAAAACUGUAUUUGCGUUCAUCGUGAACCGGAAGUUAACGUUAUUUACUUGUACCCGCUGCGAACAGACCGAAUGCGCUUGGAGGCGAUAACGGUCAGUCCGUGCCACCCUCUCCUUCCAAGGACAAGGAUAUUUUGAUCACACAGCGAAGAUCUGAUGGUGUGUCAGCUGCUUGCAGAGGGAGGCGAUAGAUUACCUUUUAACGGCGCCUAUUGAAUUAAUCGUGGUAAUUUAUCUGGCGCGGAUAACGGGACAGAAUGUGCGUGUGUGAUGCGGCCGAGCGCGCGCGCAGCGCCGCUGCAGUAUCCGAGCACAGGCGCGUGAGUCCUUGGCUGCAGGUCGACCGUCGCUUCAUUGUGUUGUUUUGGUGAAUAUGUGUCGAAUAGAACAUGGAAAUGGUGCUGUAAACACAAAAAGCAUGCUUAUAUAUAGUUGUUGUAGCGCAUAUAUGGUUAUAGGUGUCUGUUUAGGGGUUUUAUAAACGAGCCUGCGCAGAAUGUCUGCGUCUAUACAGCGCUUAUAAACGAGUCGGAUAGCCGCUGCCCGUCAGGAUGUCAUCCGGUGCUGGAGGAGGCCUCGCACCCACGAAACCGUUCCCGUUCUUGUGUGAGGAGUCUACUCAGGGUUUGAAAUCUAAGAGCCUCCCCAUGCUCAGCGACAGUCAGGCUCCGGAGCAGGACGCGGAUCAGACUCUGCUCUCUGCCCCGCACAGCUCGCCCCGAUGCGGCUCCCCCGUCAGGACAGAGUGUCGUGAGCCGGAGGGUCGCGGCAUUGCUGCGUUCUUUACAUUCCGGCUGCCGCCGGUGCCGGUGAGGCGCUAUGUGGACGGGAUCCUGUCGGACUCGCGCUGCUUUCUGUUCUGCAUGUGUUACCUCACCUUUAUUCAGUCUCUGAUGGUGUCCGGUUAUCUCAGCAGUGUCAUCACCACCAUAGAAAAGCGGUACAGUCUGCGGAGCUCAGAGUCGGGUCUGCUGGUCAGCUGUUUUGACAUCGGUAGUCUCCUCAUUGUGGUCUUCAUCAGCUACUUUGGUGGGCGGGGUCAGAGGCCGCGUUGGCUGGCAGUAGGGGGUGUGUUCAUUGCCUUGGGUGCCGCCCUCUUCUCCCUACCUCACUUUAUCUCUCCGCCAUAUCAGCUGGAAGAGCUGAACAGCACAGUAGGAGGAGAAGUGCUCUGUGCCAGUGGAAAUGGCAGUGUGCAAGAGAAGCCGACACUGUCCAGGUGCCAGCGGGACAGGGAGGAGAGUGAGCACGCCCUGUAUGUGGCGCUUUUCAUCUGCGCUCAGAUCCUUGUGGGAAUGGGAUCUACUCCCAUAUACACCCUUGGACCAACUUAUCUGGAUGACAAUGUGAAGAAGGAGAAUGCAUCCCUGUACCUGGCUAUCAUGUAUGUAAUGGGAGCUCUUGGACCAGCCGCUGGGUAUCUGCUGGGUGGGAUUCUGAUCGGAUUCUAUGUUGACCCCGGUACCAUUGUCAAUAUUGACCAGAGUGACCCACGGUUUGUAGGAAACUGGUGGAGUGGGUUUCUCCUGUGUGCUGUGGCAAUGUUGUUGGUGAUCUUCCCUAUGUUUUCCUUCCCUAAAAAACUUCCACCACGGCACAAGAAAAGUAAAAGACAUGUAAAAAAGGGUGUAGGCGAUGUCUCCAGCGAUGAUGAGAUGAUGAAAGAAAAGAGCAAGGCUGUCUCAUCCUCCAUGGGUUUUGGCAAAAAUAUCAAAGAUUUGCCAAAAGCAGCAGUGCGUAUAUUGAGUAACGUGACGUUUUUAUUCGUGAGUUUGUCAUAUACGGCGGAAUGUGCCAUUGUCACAGCCUUCAUCACUUUCAUUCCCAAAUUUAUUGAAUCUCAAUUUGGUGUUCCAGCAUCUAAUGCCAGUAUAUACACAGGUCUGAUCAUCGUACCCAGUGCAGGUGUUGGUAUUGUUUUAGGUGGUUACAUCAUUAAGAAACUGAAGUUGGGUGAAAGAGAAGCAGCAAAGCUGGCCAUGAUCUCCAGUGGCGUAUCUUUGCUAUGCUUUUCCACUCUCUUCAUUGUUGGCUGCGAGAGCAUCAACCUCGGUGGAAUCAAUAUCCCUUACACCACCGGGCCAACUCUGACUUUGUCUCACCGAAACCUGACAGGAAGCUGUAACGUCAACUGUGGCUGUAGGAUUCAUGAGUAUGCACCUGUCUGUGGCUCUGAUGGCAUCACUUACUUUAACCCGUGUCUGGCUGGCUGCAGCAACAUCGCCAACCAAACCUCAGGAAUCAGAAACUAUUCGGACUGCGCAUGCGUUCAGAGCAGACAGGUGAUCACUCCGUCAGGAGGAAAUCACGAGCUGCAGGUGGUGAUUGUGAAGACGUACCUGAACGAGAACGGUUACGCACUUGCAGGAAAGUGUGAGCGGACAUGUGGAACGCUCAUCACCUUCCUCAUCUUUCUCUUCAUCGUCACUCUAAUAACCGCCUGUGGCCAGCCGUCUGUCAUCAUCGUUACGCUCAGGUCUGUGGAGGAAGAGGACAGGCCGUUUGCUCUGGGAAUGCAGUUUGUUCUUCUCAGGACUCUUGCCUACAUCCCCACUCCUAUCUAUUUUGGAGCUGUGAUUGACACCACCUGUAUGCUGUGGCAGCAGGAUUGUGGUUUCCAUGGGUCCUGCUGGGAGUACGAUGUCACUUCCCUCCGCUUUGUUUACUUUGGGCUGGCGGCGAGCUUGAAGUUCCUGGGCUUCCUGUUCAUUUUCCUCACCUGGUAUUCCCUGAAGCAGUGCGAGGAGCAGACCCACACACACACACUUUCCCCGCUGGACACGGUGAGCCACCUCAUCUGUCACGCUGGAGGUCACAAAGGCCACGCCCGCACACGCUCCUGUCCUGUUUUCCUGCCACGCCCACCAGAACACUCCCAUGCUGCCAUGACAACUGGACACGCCCUUAGCCGUGGUAACAGUUGCCCUGGCAAUGGCCUGAAAGCAAUAACUCCACCCAUACGGUCACUUGAAAAAGUGGCGGUGUGAGGAUUGCAGCCAUGCACACACACACACACACUUGCUCAUAUGCAUGCAAACAUCAUACAAUUAUGAGGGCCGAUUAUGUAAAUGGAAACGUACCACACCGCUUA